CCAAAUAUGCACUUUAAAUACAUCAUCACUCACCAUCUUCAUUACAUUCCUUCUCACAUAUGUUUUGAGUGAGGAUUGUGAACCCCUUAUGAACUCAUCUCUUGCAGGCUGAUUUGAAAGUUAUUGUUCAAAGGGAUUCUCAAGUGGGAAUCAAAGCCUAUUCGAGUUUCUUUCGACUGCAAACAAAUCGAGGCCAGAUCGAGUCUUUGAAAGACUGGAAUAGAUACGAUCUUUAUGUUAAGACAAUGAUUAAGAUGAAGAUACACAAGCUCGGCAAGAAUGGUGGCAAAGGGAUGUAUUAUAAGUACAUAGUUGUUCUGGAGAUUCUGAUUAAAACAAUAUUGCAUCGUUGCUUGUUAUACCGGUUGCACGAUAACAUUGGAGAAGUUAAAAAGUGGGAGACGGAGACGGAGACGGUACCUGGACACUUUGCGGUUAUUGCGGUCAAGUGCAAGAAACCGGAGAGGUUUAUGGUUGAGUUAGGAUGCUUAACGAAUCCCGGUUUCUUGAGACUAUUAAACAAAGCGGGAGAAGAAUACGGGUUCAAACACGAAGGUGCCAUCACAAUCCCGUGUGGACCUCGCGAAUUGCAGCUCGUUUUACAGGAAAUGCAUGAGAAGUAGUUAACGAUAGUUUAGAGAUCAAGAUUUCAAAUCGCACCAUUUUGUAGUGUUUUCAAGGAUUUAAUGUCAAAUAUCGACGUAUUAAGCUC